GUUCUUAUUACAAAACGGCCAUUUGUGAAGAAAUUCUAACCUCAACUAGAAAAUGGUCGUGAAUCACUCGGGGGUGUUGCUGUGAAAAAGAAGCGACAAUAACAGAAUUUCGCAAAGUCUACAGUGGCAAAGACAGUUACAGAUUUUAUCACCAUGUCUUCGGUAAACAGUGUCGAUUCACUCGGGACUUUACAAUGGGAUAUGAUCGAAUUAGCAGGCCACCUCAGACAGGAGCGUCUUUUCGUCAGCGCAGAGCAGCAGACUUUGCAGAAUCUUAACCAGAAAGUUUUAUAUGUAUCAUCAGAUCUAGCUCAACAGGCCUGGGUUACAGCUCAACAGAGAGUGAAUUUAAAUCGUUUGAUAGUAUCAAGGCCAAAUUGUACCCCUGCAUCUUGCUGUCAACGAGCAAACACUCUUGAAAGUUCCCAGUUUGUUGACGCAUAUAGGCACUUACGUCAUCAAGCAUGUUCUGCAUAUGGAGAAUUUUUGCAAGCGUUGCGAAAGUCUCCGAAACUUUUAGCUUCUUGUUUAGUAGAAGGGGACAAGCUGAUUCCAGAGUCAAUGCAAAGUGUCAUACAAUCACUAGCUGCAGGGCUGUUUGGAAGUUGUCUAUUACCUGAAGACAAAAUAUUAGUUUUGCAAUUGUUGAGGCAGUUGAUGUUUCUUCAAAUCGUUCCAUCGGACAAUCCUCGAAGAUUACUGAGACAUGGCACUUGUGCAUUUUCAAGAUUUUACUCAGUCUUCCACGAAAGUUUGUUCUCAGCAAAAUUGUUUUUAACGGCAGCUUUACAUGGUCCAAUCAUGCAACUACUUAUGGAAGAUGAAAUGUUCUUGGAUAUUGACCCAGAAAAAGCACCCAUUAGAUUUCCACCUGCAGAACGCUUGAAAAAGUUUGGUAAAGAUGGUACACUUGAAUACCAGUCUAAAUUGCAGCGCUAUAGACUAUGGACAAUCAAUUCGCUUGAACGUAUUACCAACAGAUUCAUUACGAGUAUUAAAGAAAACAUGCAUUGUUUUCCAACCAGUGUUUGCUGGUUGGUUAGACAAUUGGCAGGGCUACUAGCCAAAAGUGGCAAUGUUGAUCCUAAAGAGGUUCACGCAAUGUGCACAGAUCUUGUAUUUACAUAUUUCAUUUGUCCUGCCAUCGUAAAUCCAGAGCCUUAUGGAAUUACGGAUGCGCCAAUAAGUUAUGUUGCUCGGUUUAACCUAAUGCAGGUUGGUCAGAUAUUGCAAAUGAUGUCCCUACUCAAGUAUCAAAACGUGGAUGGUAAAGUUAUUGACUUGUAUCGAAAAUUUGAAAAAGAUUCUGUUUCAUCUUUAUUGGAUGGAAUGUUGGAGGGUGCUACGGAUGAGUUGGAAGAUGAACCAGCUAUGGUUGAUGGUUCGAAACUACAAGGACUUGCUCGAUCUGCUGCCUUAUUCACAGAAAGUGAACUGAAUGCUCUAGUAACCUUUUUGCAAACUGUAGCGGGAGACAGUGGUGACGAUGGAAUUAAUCCUGCAAGUAGCAUCAACAAAAAGCAAUUAAAUGAGCUUCUGUCACAAUUACCUUCCGGUUUGCCGAGCGCUCAGAAAAAUACCAAUCACGUUUCUCCAGAAACUCCUAGCAAGCGAGGCGGUCUUCUGGGAAAAGUUGGGAAAGGACGAGGAUCACGUGUAACUUCGUCGACAGCACACAUUACUACAGAUGGCGGAGAAGAUGUAAAUGGUGCUUCAGGCGCCGAAGAUGAAUUGCUAGAUAAGACUCCUCAAGAUGUCCUAGUCAUACCGUUUGUUUCCAGUUUAGGAGAAACUGUUGGCUUACUUAGUGAACAAAAGGUUUUAUGCAUGGAAAUGCAAGAUGACAUUGAGGGUGGGACUGUGCAACUGAAUCUCCCUGGUGAUUUGCCUAAUGGACAUGACCGUAAUGAAAAUGAUAGCGCUGAGAGGAUUGAAACACAGGAAAAGCGAACUCGAUUUUCUCUAUCACAUGACGAAGUGUUGUUUGAAGGGUCAAUCGGCAAUACAUCAGACAAUUUGGAAGCGGUAUCGGAGGCUGCAUCCAACCAUAGCGUUGCUUCUUCACUUGAACUAGAGACUGAGGAUCAAAAUGACAAUCUCUCUGACAUGGUUUCAGCUAAUGUAUCUGGUCGGGGUACACCAAAUAUUUCUGGCCGCGAUACGCCUUCGUCACAGAUAACUGAGGGUGACUAUGGGCGGGCUGCCGGUGAAGCAAGGCAACUAGAUCUUCCACCACCGACCAUCCCGACAAAGCAGAGUCGCUCAGAGAUAGAUGAUAAGUUUUGCAAGUUUGAAAUCAAGAAGCUCAUUGAAGGAUACUUUCUAGGGGAUGAAACAAUUUCUUUGGUGUCCGAUACAUGGUCCACUGAUGUACUGGCAUCUGAUAGUGAAACCGUAGAGCAGGUAGAGCGAUAUCAAUUCCCUCCACCUGCUGAAAUUGUACAACCUGUUCUGCCUCUGGAACCUACCCAAGCCAUGCUUGACGUCAGUGAAACUGCCUCAGAGGCUUGGAGUACCGAUGUGUUAGCUAGCGACUCGGAAAGGAUGACCGAAGUUGACACAGAUGAUACUGCAAGCGUUGCUAGAUCGGACGACACAGCAAGAUCAGAGAUUGAAGUUGAGAGUCGAGGUGAUGGUGAAAUUGGGGCAGACACUCCUCCACCUUUGAAUCCACAACUUUCAGGUACUAUUGGUGGCCCUGGUUCUUUAUUCCGACCAAUUCGUGAAGAGCCACUUGCUCAACCUAGUCUUGCAGUACCUCCGUCUCCUACAGCCUCUCUUACGCCUUCCUUGUGGAAUGUCACUGGACGAGGUGGAGCUAAAUCCGAUUACAGGCGACGAACGCUAGAGUAUGUUGAUAACAACGCAAAUACGGUCAAUGAUGGAGACUAUAAAUUAGGUGGAGACGAUAGGCUCGUGCAUUUGAUGGACAAACUACACAUUGAUAACAGUAAAAAUAAUAACGAAGGACCAGCUAGCAGUAGUAAUCAUAUAAGUGCAGCUGCUGUGGCUCCAGCAUUAUUAUUGGCUAACCAUAUAUCUGCACCUUCGCUUCCCAGCGAAAAGCUCACAAACGGAGACGUCAAAACUGAAGAAUUGGAUGGCGAAAUGGCUGCUGGAGGAGACGUUGUCGUUAGACUGAGUACUGCAAGUUUGACAUCAAGCAGUAGCUCUGGCUCAGAGCCGAGAGUGAAGAAUACUGUGCCAUUAUCACAUUCGCCGUUACCACAACCAUUGGCUAACGGCGGUACUGAUGCAAUCGACGGUAUUAAUCCAACUGUUUCGAAACCUAGUAUUUCUACAGGCGCUAUACCAAAGAGUAUCAGUUUUGAUAUGACUGCGGAGCGUGGAGACAAAGAGUUAUUGGAUGAUGAGCAAAAAAAUAAACGAGGAUUCUUUGGAAAACUGAAGAUGUCUUUAAGAAAUCGUAAAGGAAAAUCAUUAAGAGGAGCUGACGAUCUCAGAUGUUACGACCGCGAAGCUGGUGGUGAUGGGGUUGACAUCAGUCGGAUCCGGAUUCGUAGAAUUAUGUCUGAAGACACUACUUCGAGCGGUAGUAUUAAUAAUGAUACAUCUGACGAUAUUUUAGCAAAGUAUAGACGCAAGCCAAGUGCAACUAGUGACACAGCAUCCGUAGAAAGUAGUCAUUCACGAACGAAAGAAGCAGAAGAUGAAAGACUGGCGAUAGAUCCUAAUAAUGUAGAAUUGUCUUUUGCUUUUGCUGAUGCUAAGCGAAAAUUGCGCAUGGUGCUCAGCACUGCGGACCUGCAACAUAUCCCAUGGAGUACCGCCUCAGCUAGAAAUGCAUGGAUGCAAAAAGAGAAUGAGUUAGUUGCAUUUUUGCAACUACAGCUUGCCGAAGCUAUUAACUUACAAGAUCGAGCUUUGAUUGCACAUCUACAUGAAACUCUACGCUGUGUCAGACUUUUUAAUGAUGACGGAUGCAGGAAAUUGUUCAAGUCUCUUAGAAAUGAUUAUCAAAAGCGUUCUCCAUACAUCGCAUAUUUGAUCAGAUGUCGACAGGGAUUACUGUCGACAUUGGCUCACUUAGACAGGUUGGGUGAACGAGUUAAGUGUGAUCGUGACGCAGUGAGCAGCCAUUUGGUGUCGGUAUGUGUCAGAGUAUUUUUAGAGAAAAGAGAAGCAUCGCUCUUACGUUUUUGCGAGGAAUUCAAAAAACUGACGCUUGCUGAUGAGAAGCAAGAUAUGGUGGACAACUUUUUAGGAUCCAUUCAUGCUGAAAUGGAUCGGGAUCCUAUAUGGCAAGUUGCCAGUGAAGGGCAGCUGGACUUGGCAAGAAUGGUAAUGGAACGAACAGUGAUGGCACGGGUCUACCACAAUGCACUUUAUCCAAAUGGUGAAGGUGACAUUCACCGAGACCAGUUGCUUUGUGAUCACAUUAAAAAAUUGGCCAAAGUAGUGACGCCAAAUCAUAAAGAUCUACGUAUUCCACGAAUCUAUCAUUAUGAAUGUCCAUGGCCAUGGGCACAAGCAGAGUUAGCCGCGAUCUCAGCUUAUAAAACUCCGAGGGACAAAUUGCAAUGUGUAUUUAGAUGUGCAACCACGAUCAUGAAUCUACUGUCAAUGGCAUCUGAGAGGGGUAUACCUGCAGCGGAUGACUUGAUACCUGUACUUGUCUAUGUCAUCAUUAAGACAAAUCCGCCAUCUUUACUGUCAACGAUUCAAUAUGUGGAUAGUUUUUAUGGGAAUAGAUUUGAGGGAGAAGAACAGUACUGGUGGACCCAGUUCUGUUCCGCAAUUGAAUUUAUUAAGACGAUGGAUUAAUUCGUGAGAAAAUUUGAAUAAAAGUAUUGAGUUUGCCUACAUAGUCAUAGCUCUCAGAGUCAUACAAGAACAUAAUAUUUGAUGUCUAAUCUCUAUAGAAUAUAAAUAAUAUAAAUGAAAAUACCGUUCGUUACAAUUCUCUGCACUACGCAGCUAGUUUGAUUGUUGGUCGCGCACGUAUAGAUGAUGUGUAGCCUUCAUAAUCAAAGAAAUAGAAGUUAGUGAUAAAAUAUCUCUUACAAUGAAAUUGCAAAUAAGUAUAAGUUCGAAUAUCGUAUGAUGUUUGAUAUGUUAAAUUACCCUAAUCAUUUAUGCUUGUCAACGAAUUGUCUUUAGUUGUAAUUAUCCAUUGCUUCAGAAACAAAUGAUGUAGUCAAUCCAUAGUCGUUUUUGUAGACGAAACGAUAUUUGCAAUUCCUAAUCAAUGAUGUAAGAAUUUUGUCCUGGCUGUAGUUAUUAGUAGAGACGUAUUGCAUUACGCAUACGCGUUUGAUGGCAGGCACAUCGAUUGUAUUUCAAAAUGAGAUAUUACCUGAGGUAUCAAUGUAAAAGAAACGAGUGCGAGAGGUAUGCUUGUCAUUUAUCCAGCUGUUACUCUAAUGAUCCUUCUGACUAUAUCUAUCUGAACAAUAGAGUUAGAGUCCCUGGAACCUUCUUUCAGUCCUAACAAGUCUGUAGAAUCUAUUCUCAUGUGAUAAAAUUUACAAAAUAAUUUAAUUGAAAAAAAAAUAUUAAUAAUAAUAUUUGAAAAUAUGUUUGAAAAAUAAGAUUUAUCAAUGCAAAAAUAUAAGAUAUUGGCAUCGCCAUUAUCUUAAAUAUAAAAGUGAGAAAAUACUCCUAGUAUGUACGUUGCACGCAAAAUAACAAGGUCCCAAAUAUUUUGCAAUAUAUAUUUUUUUAGUGAAAAUAAAAUGAAUAUACUAUGAAUAUACUCUCUUCAAAAUAUUAUAUUGCACGGUCAAAAAUUAAUGCACAUUAUAUAUCGGCACAAAAUGUUGCCUAACAUGAGGGUAUAGGACAGUAUGAGAAACUUUGGGCUCAUUUUGGCUGUGCUUGACAAGAUAGAAAAAUAUCUGUUCAGUGUCCGUAUAUAUAUAUAUAUUUAUUUUUACCGGUUAUUUGUAAAAUACAACUUGUUUUUCUUUCAUUUAUUGUAAAUUUCAUAGAAAACUUCUUAGAAACAACUGAGAUUUUAAACCUUAUCAAUAUCAACGGUAUCGGGUCGCACUAUUCAGAUGUCUUGUUCUUCGCAUAUUCUAAUAAGUAACAGAAGCCUAGUUUUGAAUGGGUUUUUUGAAACGAUGUAAGUCAGUUUUUUUUUUCUGUGCGUCAUUCAUUUGAAAGACGAUUUCAAGUAAAUGAUUUAGAUAUUCUCUAUAGCAAAAGAUAACAAAAUAACUAGCUUCAGGUUUUUCCUGCUAUGAAUAUGAAGUACUUUUUUAAAUUGGGCAACUAUCAGGAUGGCAAACAUGGAGUAAAUACGUAUACCAUAUUUAUAUGCAUAUAAGUAUAUAUACCCUAUAUAUGGAAAAACGGGAUGAUAUGAAAACAAGAAUCGACACAGGGAAUAGAUAUAACUAUGAAUCAUGGUGCAAUGUAAAUAUUUUAUCACAUUCCUCGAAGUUAUUCUAACUGAAUACGUUAAUGUAUAAAUGUAUAGAGAUCAAUAACACUGGAAUCUGCUAAUUUUUUUUACUUUCAAAUUUUAUAAUUUAUUUUUUAAUACGCUUCUUAAAUUUGUGUUGAUUUUCACUUAGAAAAUCAAGUUUCUUCAUAUUGUCUACUCUAUACAAUAAUUUUUCAAAUUGUGUUCGUCAAUAGGAAACUGCCCAUCUGCGUAAUACUUUUGCUCUAGUUCAACUAAACUCAUACGAGCAUGAAAAGUGGCUGAUGUUGUAGUUAUCACAAUUAGAAAUGACUUUUUGCAAAAAAUUCAAUAAAUCCCUACGUUUUCAUCAGUCAGCACUGAAUAUCAGCUCAUUGCUAUUUUUAUAUCUUUUAUUUUGUAAAAUUUCAAAGAAUCAGACUACCUAAGAGUCCCAUAAUAGGUAGUGUUGUUCAUAACAGCAAAUCAUGGCUACUAUCUAAAUAUGAUUAGGUAAGCUUAAAUGGGGCCGUACAAGGGCAAAUUACGCAGAUAGAUAACAGUUAUUACAUAGAUAAAUAUAAAAAUGAAUUAGGCCUUAACCGAUUAUAUUAAAUAAUUACCUGCCCCCCGACCUAAUGGAAUUAUAAUUUUUUUACUUUGGAUUCUUUUCCAUCUGAUUACGUAAAAAAUAUCUAAUUAUAUCAUUGUAUUAUAGAACAUGCUUCUCUGGGAACGUUGCAAGAACAAUACCUUUCUUAGUUAUAUAUUUUCUACAGCCUAUAUAAUCUCUAUUUCAUACUCAGAUAUUUCCCUAAAUAAUAAAUAUUGUUCAACGGCACAUAGGGUUUGGCCAUUGAAUUGUAAUAUAAACUAUAUACAGCGGUUCAAGUUUACACUUUGUGGGAUAUUACGAAGGGGCAGUUCUCAUUUUGGUCGACAAAAAAAAAUAUAUUUCUCUUGUGCCCCUGGUGGAUGACAUUUUUCGAGUUUUUCCUUCAGGUGACUUAAUUCCAUUGUGUAAAAAAAUCUACUACUUUACUUAAACUUACAAUUAGACUAGGCUUAAGAGUUAGACUUUUCGCAAUUAAGAGACAUACCUCCUGAGCUUUAUGACGUAUAAUAAGGUUUAGCAAAACGCCCUGCACAUGAUAAACAGUAAUAGAUAACUGAUGUACGUUAUAUAAAUGUUUAUGAAAUAACCUUGUUCAAUCCAUGGCUCAAGCUAGAUUAUUUGGGUGAUUUACUUUUGAUUUAAACGUAUCAAUCCAGAGAAUAUAAAUGAACAAUAAUAUUUUUCUCUUUUACGGCUACUUGAAAACUAAGUUCUUACGUAUAUUCAACACUUCAUUCUCAUUUUCAGAAUCUGCAUGACUACUGUAAGCUACCUAUCGGGAUUUAAUUAUUCGUAUAAAAAUUGACUCGGGAAUCAAUUACCCAUUUAAUCAUUGACGGACCGCGAAAAUGAGGCCAGAUUCAAUACCCAUCACAAAGGCCAUUUGAAUAGGGAGAUUAAAGCGAAAAACUUGUCAACAGCUUAGUGGACUCACAAGUUGUUACAAUGCAAAUUUCUUUCUGUCUUCAAGAACCAAGAUCAGAGCAAUUUUAAUAAUACUUGAAAAAAAAAUUAUAUCUAAUUGUAUCAAUCCAUAAUUGGCAAUGUAAAGAUAGGUAUAUAUUUUUAAGUAUACACAAUAUUUUUGCUAUAGUAUCACUCUUGGCAAAUUCACCGAGAGUGAAAUAUUAGAGAUUAAGGGUGUGAAAUAGCAAUAACAAUUAUAUAUGAUGCUGCUCCCCAAUGAUACUGCUGAAAAUAUGUUACUUUUUCUUUUGUUCUUACGAUCUGUGCGCCACGCAAUAUCCGAUCAGAAUCUCUUCAAACAAUCUUGUAACUUAAGUUCAAGAAACGAAUUCUAUCUACACUCGUACAGCAGUUUGCUAAAUCAAUGUAAAAGCACCAACCCCAUAGAUAGAGCUUAUUGGCCCUAUCAGCUGUCAAAUGUUUCUAAUGGAAAAAAUAAGUUUUUAGUAGACAAGUGGCAAAUAUUAGGGAAUGGUCUCAUCUCUCCAUGUCCAUGCAUGAAAAAGUAUUUGAAAUAUCUACGGGAAACAAACGUUUAUGCUAAUAUUGUUAGCGAUGAUAUGCAUUGAUCUUGCUGAAAACACAAUGUAACAAAAUAGUAUCGAUAAUUAGCUUACGUUGUCAGGCCACUUUGGAACACUAUACUUAUAUUUAUAUCCAAAGUUUAUGAUGAAAUCAGCCGGAAAUAAUUACGAACUUAUUCAUCAUUUUUUUGACCGUAUCUACCCAUUGUAAUGUGGUGAGUUAUUUGUGUGAUAGACAACUAGUAAAGUGAUGGCCAUUCAAAAAUGUAUCAAAUUCUGUUUAAUGUACUGAUAUCCCCUUGUGAUGUGGAGAUCUAUCACGGGAUAUGGAAAAUGGCAAAAUUAGUUCGACCGCACGAAUAUUACGACGUAAUUUGCUCCAUUUCAAGUCGAUCUUGUGUAAAUUUAAUAGAAAGACUCAGAACGAAUAUUUCUACAUGUAAUAAAACUAGAAUAUCUGUAAAAUACAUAUGCAUAUUUUACUUGCUUCUGUAGAAUCACGUAAAUGUGAGAUGUUUGUUUUGUCUAUUUCCUAAGUAGUCUCCCGAAAUUCAACGUUACAUUUUAUUUGCGUAUCUGGCCAUAGUAGCAUGACACCAUAUUCGACAGUAUUUCAAGUACCUCGUUGGAGCUAACAGUGUAGUGAAUGAUGUUGAUUGUGAUUUGUCCUGUCUAAUUGUAAGAAUAAUGAUAUCUUGCAUCCCAAGAUGAUAUUAUUUGACACAAUAUAACUGUAAGAUUGUUCUUCAAAUGUUAUUCAUAGUUCUCUUCUAACUUGAUUUCACUACGAAUAUUAUUAGCUAAUCCAAAACUUUAAGUAAAUCAAAAGGCACAAAAGUUGUUACCACAAAGAUUUCGUUAAUUCGCAAAUUGUAAACAACAGAAUAAUGUGUAUUGAAGUUCUGGCUGUUUAGAUGGAGUUAGAUAUCUUGGAAGUACUUUCCACAACUGAAAGGAAAAUAGCGUAUUAGAUACAUACUUUAUAUUUUAGAUACAUUAAUUUCAUGAAUCAAUCAUUUUUUUAAUUCUUAACAAAAGUUAUGACCACAAUUUGAUUUUUUCUUUUGUAUUAACUGAUAACUGAAUGCGGUUUAAUUAGUAUAUCGAAAAAUAAUGAUUCCAUUCAAAGUUUGCUGGUAACUUACAGUUAGUCAUAAAAAACUUUUCAACGUGGGAGAAAUCUAAACGUAUUUCUAACGCUAUAUUCCUUGAACAUAUAGUAUUUAAUUUAAGCAUUUUCUUAUAACUCUUCUCUGGUUGAUGUUUGUUAUUUAGUAUCUACUUUUAUCUCUAUAUACAGGCAGUAAAUUUCCAAUUUAUACAUGGAAAGUUAACUUAUAAUCCUGUAUGAUGUCGGAUUUGUGAGAGGUUUAUUUAUUUUACUGGGUUGCAAAGAUUUCAAUAGUUUACCAUUUUAAUAAUUAUAUUCGAUCAUCGAGUAAAGUCACUUGAUGACCAUAUAAAUAGAUCUUCUGCCUUAGCUCUGGUAAGAACAUUAUAUUGCUCACAUAGAAAAUAAAUAGUAUUUGUGUUAAA